CGCGAGCAGACGACGGCCUUUGCUUUUCAGAAACUCUAUUAAAUAAGCGCAAAAUCAAUAGCGCCGAGCAUGUUGGCUAGCUUUGGGGGCGCAUCCUCGACACCCCGAAGGAAGUCGACUCGGCGAUCAGGCAAGGCGCCUGAGAUCUACUGCCUGCCUGAUAGGGACACCAGUCACCUCGAGCUCGCCCCACAGUCGCCCAACUAUCCGAUCGUCUACUGGCCGUCGAACAACCUACCCGAGGUCUCGCCCCCAUCUGAUAGGCCAGAGAAGCAGGUGGCCACCAGUGAUGUUCGAGCGGCCGACGAUCAAGGUAGCCGGGCCAACAUGCCGGGACCUCAAAUUGCGUACAGUCCACCGCUGCCGUGGUGGCGACAGAGGGGGACAUGGCUCAUGGCUGCCGGCGUCAUGGUGCUGAUCAUCGGCGGUGUCCUCGGCUCGGUCCUAGGGCUGAUCGUGCUGCGCCCGGCUCCCACGCCAUCGCACCCGCCGGGCCCCGGCGGCGGCCCUGGAGGGGGGAACACUACGACGACGACGACGACGGCCGACGCCCCGAAGCCGCCGCCCACGGGCACCAGCAAGUGCAGCGCCGACGCCAUCUGCACCGACCAGGUGGCCGCGGUGACCACGCCGCUCAACGUCGGGGAGGCGGGCGAGAACCUCACCGUGUACCUGUUCGCGCGCGCGGCCGACGGCUCGUGGCAGCAGGCGUCGUCGGCGCCCGGCGGCGGCUCCUACAGGGGCGGGUGGGUCAGCCGCGGCGGCGAGAAGUUCGACCGGCACCCCGUCGCCAUCGGCUGGAUCGCGGGCGCGAGCAGCUGGGGCGGCGGGCCGACGGCCACGGUGCUGGGGGUGUCGCCGACGACCAAGAAGCUGCUGGCCAAGCACGUCGGGCUCGGGCCGGGCCCGGGCACCGCGACGUGGAUCAUGGACAUCAGCUACACGCCCAAGGGCUACCCGGCGCAGAACCACACGGCCGAGGCGCCCGGGCUCUGCGCCGUCGGCACCAGCCGCGUCGACGUGUGGACGCGGGUCGAGCAGACGCGCGACGUGCCGCGCGACGUGCCGCAGAACCGGACCGGCCCCGUGCUGCAGCACAAGUGGGCCGAGGAGGAGAAGUACUGGACCGGCACGCCGCUGUGGGAGGACUCGGCCGGCGGGUUCCUGGUGCCCAACUCGCGCUUCUCGGUCGUGUGCCGCGACAUUGCGGGGUACCACGACAUGGUCGUCUACGGCAACGGCACCGAGGGCAACGCGGCCUGGCACCGCCAGUUCGACCGCACCGCCUGGCGCGACUGGCAGGACCUGGGCGGCGACUACAUGCCCGGCACGCACCCGGUCCUGCUCGAGGUGUCGAGCCAGCGCUUCGACUUUUUCGGCCUGGGCCGUGACCGCCACCUGUACCACUGGAGCUGGACGUCGACGACCGCCUGGAGCGUGACCGAGAGGCUGGGGGACGAGAAGCUCGUUAGCCUGCCUGCCGUGGCCGUGUCGGGUGCCAAGAAGGAAAGCGUCGAGGUGGUGGCGGUGGGGGCGGAUGGGAGGUUGAAGCAUUUGUCCUUUAGGGCUGACACUUCCUCGGUCGCCGGCGCCAAGUGGGAGGAUCUUGGUAUGGUGGCUAGUAGUGUUCCGUCUCUCGCACGGGUGGGCUCGUCGGGGGUCGAGAUGGUCACGACCGCGGCUGACGGGUCGAUAUGGUAUGCUACGGUGGACGUGACAAAGGGGGACGGGUGGACAAGGGCUGUUUGGAAGCCGGUGGCAUCUUAGAGCUUGAGAGUUUUCAUGGAUCACGGGCGCAAGGGAGGGAGGAGUAGGAGGCUGGAU